UUUCUGUAGUAGUUUCUGUACGACUCGGGUGUGGGAAUUCCUUACGUCUGAUUGUUGCUUGGAUACUGCUCUCUUCGGCCCUAAAUGUGUGUUGAGAAAUAUGAGGAAAGAGAAGAGGAAUUUUUUGUGAGAGAAAUUCGCUAAUUCAUUGCUCAGAACAUAGGAAAUAUAUAAUAGAUUGGUGCAUAUAUUGCUGUGACAAGAUGUAAUGGUUAUAUUAUGUGAAGGAUGCAAGCUAUAUGUUGUUUUUGAGGUGGAAAGAAUGAGAUACGCGUAGAUAUUUGUUCUAGAAACUGCCUACACUGAAGAAACAAAAGGGAGAGAUAGAAAUGACCUUUGAAAUGCGACCUUAUCGUCAUGAGCUACACAGAUAUUUCAAAUACCACACUGAGGUCCGCAUGAUAUUAAGCUGCGUGACCUUUUCUUGAAAUAAAAAUAAAAGUAUAUAUAUAAAAAUAAAAGACAGGAAAUAUCAAAUCUUAACGAAAUAAAAAAGACGAAAAAGAACAUUGGGUUAUAAAAGAGACAUGGAAUUAUCAAAACCAGACUAACAAAAAAAAAAAAAAAAAAAAAAACGUUAUUUUCGCUGUAAAGGAAACGAACUUUUUUUUUCCCCUCGAAUCUCGAAUCCUGACUCAGCAUGACUUUGCGGGGGUCACCUGUUCACUUCGUCGUGGUCACAAUCAUGAUGUUUAGUGUGGCUUUCAAAUCGGAAAUCAACGCGCAGAUUGACGUCGUUACUGAGGUCAAUUUGGACGUGGAAAAAAACAUGACCCUGCUUGCCCUGACGGAUAAUGGCACCUCCAGUAAUAACGUGUCUCGAGAUCUCAACAUCGGGGAUCCCUGUUGUGGUUUCCCAGAAGCAAACCCCUGUUCGGGCGAGGGGGCGCAGUGUGUCAACUGCACCUGUGUCUGUGAGCCAGACCGAGCAACGAAAGAUAGCAACGGCGACGAAUGCAGGGCGAGGUCCACAGCCGCCAGUAAUGUGAAUGAGGGCGCUCUCCCCUUAGAGUUUUGCAAGGUUAAGGAUGACUGCAUUACAGGCUUGGAUUGUAAUAACAGCGUCUGUCGUUGUCCCUUCCCCUGUAAAUUCGUUCCCGAGAAGAUGAUCUGUGAUUGCGGUGAUGCUGCGCCGCCGCUGCUUCCGAUUCUGCUUGGCUGUGGCCUCGGCUUCCUCAUCUGUGGCUUCUGGCUCCGGAUGAUCAUGCUGACGAUUUCGAGCCACGAAUCUUCCCUCAAGAACCGUGCGCAGGGAGUUGGUGCCGCGCCGCUGCCCCGCGCGACGCCGAGAGACGCUGCCAAGAGAACCAACCCGCCGCCCUUCGCUCCGCCAAUGAACGAGUCAAUGAACGAGUACAUACAGAGCGCUGCUUUAUAUGGGUACUCGGCUCCUCCCCCUCUCCCGCCCCCGCAGUUCGGCUUGGACGCCAGCAACCAAACCUCUUUCCCUCCAGCCUUCCCUCCAGCCUUCCCUCCGCCCUAUUCAUCCCCUUCUCUCCCUACCCAUUCUACCUAUCCCCGUCCCUCCCUAUGCCACUCUGCCCAACACCGCUUAUUCUCCACCCAGGGAGGAGAAACAAUAACCUUGGGAGCCACUUCGCCUUGUCAAGACCAAGACGCCGAGGAUGUUCGAGAUUCUGAAUUCUUUUUCGCCUCUGUUCGAAAGUCUUGACCGUGACAUUGAUAAUUAGAGAUACAAAAAAAAUAUAUAUCAUAGAAUGUAAACAUUUUUGUAAAAUACAAAAAUGAGAUGUAAUUUUGUUAGAUGAAAUAUAUACAUAUGUGGUGAUAGAAUCGCGGCAUUUGUCUUAAAUGCCAUUACAGUGUUCACUAGCAUGUAGGAUAAUAUAUGUAUUUAUAUACAUAUAUAUAUAUAUAUAUAUAUAUAUAUAUAUUAGAUUUCUUCACAAAUGCAACGAUAAUAUUGAUAUUUAUAUACCGGUAGCAUGUUAACAUAUAAUGUAUUUAGAUAUAUUUUCUUGGCGCUGUUUCUGAACAGAUAUUAAAAGAAGUGUAAUUCUCAACUCUGUCUUACUAGCCUAGAAAGGAAAGUGUA